CUGGAGGAAGUGUUUAUGCCAGCAUCCUCUGAAAGAGCCAUCACCAUGAAGACCCUCCUGCUGCUAGCCAUGCUCGUGGCCUUUGGCUUCCUGCAGGCCCACGGGAGUCUCGUAGAUUUCCAGAGGAUGAUCCUGUUCAAGACAGGAAAGAGAGCUGACAUCAGUUAUGGAGCCUAUGGUUGCCACUGCGGCUGGGGUGGCAAAGGGACCCCCAAAGACGCAACAGACAGGUGCUGUGCCACCCACGACUGUUGCUACAGCCGUCUGAAGAAACGUGGAUGUGGAACGAAACUUCUAGGCUACAAGUUUACCUACCGAGGGGGCCAGAUCACCUGUUCUGCAAAUCAGGACUCUUGCAGGAGGCAGUUGUGCCAAUGUGACAAAGCUGCUGCGAACUGUUUUGCUCAGAACAGGAAAAGCUACAGUAUAAAGUACCAGUUCUUUCCCAAUCGCUUCUGCAGAGGGAAGGCACCCCGAUGCUGAGAAGCCCCUCCAUGCAGAGCCUCCUCUAACAACUGCCUUCUUACCCCAGCCACGUACCCAGAGAUCACUCUUGUUCCAUCCCAGAGUUACCAGGAGGCCUUCUGCCCCGACCCAGAAUCAUAGCCCAAAGCCUGGGAAGGGUCUGACUGGCCUCUUCCCCCACCACCCCUGGUUUAAGCUGCCAUGUGCCUCUCCCACCAUUCCCCUCCAUGUCUGACAUCUGCUCAGCAGUGGGAGUACA